CAUGUAUUUGUCCAUUUAUAACUGGAGUGCUCCAGCGGUAAACUUUUAUUUUUCAGCGCGUGUCAAACAGCAUGACAUGUAAAUUGGGCUCUUCUUGCAGGAAAUGCAAUUCUGACAGGAGGAAGUGAACUGUAUACACGCCACAACGGAAUAAGCCAUAAAUACAAAAAGGCAAAGACGUAAGAUGCAACAGCAUGCCUUUUGCUGAAAUAAUUCGGAGACUCGUGGAUCACUGUAGCAGACUGACGGGGAAACUUCCUCUUAAUUGCAGCAACCGACUUCCUGUUUACGGGGGUCUGGACAUCUGCGCAUUUACGCGUGCGCGUCCACCGGCGAGCCUGGUGGGCCUUCGGCGGUACAGCACCACAGACCGGCGCUGUUGUGGUAAAAUAUUAAGAACCUGUGUUGAAAGAAAACCUGUAGUUUGUAUUGAAGGGAAUAUUGCAAGUGGCAAGACAACUUGUUUGGAAUAUUUUAGCAAAACCUGCAAUAUUGAGGUUUUAACAGAACCAGUUGACAAAUGGAGAAAUGUGAGAGGGCAAAAUCCUUUGGCUUUGAUGUACCAGGAUCCAGCUCGCUGGGGAAUAACUCUGCAAACAUAUGUGCAGCUUACGAUGCUGAAUCACCACAUUUCCCCAGUGAUUGCUCCAUUCAGAAUGAUGGAAAGAUCUAUAUACGGUGCCAAAUAUAUAUUUGUAGAAAAUCUGUUUAGGAGUGGGGAAAUGCCUGAAGUGGACUAUGCAGUUUUAUCAGAGUGGUUUGAUUGGAUUGUGGAGAGCAUUGACAUUCCCUUGGACCUCAUUGUUUACCUCCAGACGUCUCCACAUACCUGUUUUGAAAGACUGAAGAGCAGAUGCAGAGAGGAAGAAAAAAUGAUUCCAAUAGAAUAUUUGAAAGCUAUUCAUGAGCUGUAUGAAGACUGGCUCAUCCGUAAGGUAUCAUACAAGGUUCCAGCACCAGUUCUUAUUAUUCCUGCAGAUCAUGAUUUAAAGAAGAUGUUGAAACAGUAUGAGGAGAAUAAAGACAAGAUACUAACUACAAGCAAUGGACAAGUAAAGGAGCACUAUGUGCAGUAGCAGAAAUUAAAUGCUUUUUUUAAAAUAUUUCUCCUAUUACAGUUUUAGUUCAUCAAUGGUCAGUUAAUCAUGCAGUAAAUGUACCCAAGAUUCCAAAUGUAAAGUGUUCACUAGUUGACCCCAGUUUGCUGUAUACUAAGACCAGGUAAUGUAAAAAUUCUGUUUUUGCUUUUCAUGUGGCAUCUUCCAAAGAACAGUUUUAUUUGUAAAUAUUAGUUUAACAAAUAAUUUUAAUUUGUGUUUAUAGUUUUUUGUAUAAAGUUUUUGUUUAUUAAUAGAUUUUACUUUGGACCAACUGUUUCUGUAUUUAUUUGAAUUGUGUAGUACACACCAUUAAAAGGUAAAUUACAUUGUAAUUACAUUUAGUCUUAUAAUGAUAUUUGUACUAUGCCUAACAGUGCGAUUGUGUCACUGUACUAUAGCUUCAUUUUGCCCACUCAGCAAAAGACAAGAUUAUUCUUUAUCAAAAUGCUACUGCUUUUAUAAUUGAUUUAUUUGUAUUAUAAUAAUUAUACAUGGUAAGUACAAAUUAAACCCAAAGAGGGCUCACUUUACCACACUGUUCAAGUUGCCUUUAGAGGAACAUUACAAUACUUCAUUAUCACAAAGCCACUGGGCUGUAAUGUAAUAUAAAUGCAAAUACAAAUAUUCUUUCUUAAAUGGAAAAGUAGAAAGACAGGAAUAGUGUUGUACAGAAGGCAACUUUAUUUGGCUGUUCUGUAAUUUAUGCUUAAUUAAAUUUUGAGCACAAAAUAAUGUUUACACAAGGCCUAUCAACCAUUUAAUUUAAUAAAAAUACAAGAGACAGCUAAACCCUAGCUCUACUUUUAGGGGUGCAAGUAGGAUUGUUUUGAUCAUGGCCAAAAGGAAAGGAAAAUGUUAUUAUGUGUUCAUUGCAAAUGAUGAUUGUCUUUUUGUAAAAAAAAAAAAAGUCAUUUCUAUUGUAUAUCAAAUAAUUCAUUUGAGUGCUUUGAAAUGAUACAUAUCAAAAUAAUGAUGCAGGAAAAUGUCAAUAAAUUACUUUUUAAAAGCA